CUGUCAGGUGUAUCAAAAAAGAGGACAACCAAUGAUAUUGUCAAACAACAAACGACCAGCAAAGAUAUCAAGACGAGAGGGGCGCAGUUGCAUCUGAUCAUUCAGUUUCCGGUACUAAACACUUCCGGUAUCUCUGAUCCUGCCUCGCUGGCUUCAAGGCAGAAGGAGUACAUAUACUGCCUCCAACGAAAUCUACUGAGUCCUGAAGUAAGUCCAGGCCAUUUACGAGUUGUCCCAAGUCUCUGUUUCAAAAUGAGGCUAAGUGUUUAUUCUCGUGCAAAUAAAACUCAUUUUCACAAAGAAGGUUUUGCACGUAGCUUCGUUUUGAAAGAGAGAGUUUUUGGAACUCGGAAGUGGGCUAUUGUAAUCUAAUUAGCCUUAUUGAUCUGCGAAAAACGUUAUCCAUCUAAGGGCCUCUUCACACGAGCUCGGUUGACCGGGCUGGCCCGGUUUCCGAGAUCUCGCCUUACCCCUAAAUCCUUUGUAAAAUUUUCGAUGUGUUCUUAUGAGAGGGCGGGCUGGCUCGGUUCCCGAGAUCUCGGUUUUUCCAACCGAGAUCUCGGUAAGCCGGCUGGAAAAUUUGCCAUAAGGACACUUCAGCCCGGUUACCGGGAUGAAAGCGGGAUCAAUUCUUAUUCUUCGAAUGAAUUCUGCAUCGUCUUGCUUUGCCUGUUGUAUUUUCCAUGUCAUAAGCAUCCCAUUUGACAACAGUGUUAAUUACAGCUAUAAGGGUUGCCAAAGCUAUAAUAGGCGCGAAAGUUAUAACUCUGUGUUUCGCCAUGCUGCUUUGCUUCUCGAAUUUCGCGCCACAACUCGUCUUCGGCCUUUUCUCAUCUCGGAAACCGGGCUGUAAUUUCUUAUAUUAACCCAAGGUGAAAUUGGCCCCGGUAAGCGGGCCAGCCAGGUCAACCGGGUUCAUGUGAAAACGCCCUCAGACCAAUUAAAAGCAGCGACUUUUUUCAAGACUUCAGCCAGCCCCUGCACCUCCCUCCCUCUCGACGGUGCACCAGUUUUGUUUGAAACUAACACCUUCUUUUGUUUUUACUUUAAUAUUUCACCCUGAAAACUUAAGAAAGAAAAAUUUUCACCAAUUUUUUUGCGCAUAGAAUUCACUCGAAGUCUGUAGCGCCCUGUUCGCCACUUUAGGAACGAGAAGGGGGACUGGAGCCGAAACGUCUCCCGCGAUUGAAAGUGGGAGCGUUACUGGGUACGCGCCGGUCUACUAUUGGCCAACUUUUCUCCAUGUCCCAGAAGUCCUUGUGAAAGGUAAAUCGGUCCAGUUUCCCUCUCGUUUCUGAAGUGGCGAAUGGAGCGUUUUUACAUGACGUCACGUCGGCCAUGUUGAUGUUCAAAACCAGUCUUGUGAGACUCUUUUCUUAUGUAAACGCUUGCUUUUGUUCCAAUAAGCUUCCAUAGGUGCUGGCCACGUGAGGCGAAAACGCUCUAUUAAACCUUUUGGUUUCAUUUCCAGGUGCAAGGAAUUCACAUUCUUUGUGAAAGCCAGCAAGAUACCUUUUUCAUUCAAGCUCUGAAUUUAACUGGAAACUGGAAACUUGUCUUUUAUUUGCUUGGACGGCGCAUGCGUUACAAAGAUGCUUUUGAAUACGCCUCAAAUUAUUUAUUGCGCAAGAACUCAAUGAUUAUAAACGCAGAUUGUUACGUUGAUAAAGGAUUCGAGCAUCUGGAUGAGAACGUUCUUAACAAGAGAACGAUGUAUGCAUUAACAAGACAUGAAACUCCCGAACACAUUCGCCACUGUAAUGGGAGGAAUUUUUGUGGACCGAGGUCAAAAUACAUUGGUUCUCAUGACGCGUUUUUGUUUAGGCUCCUCGCCCCAGUUUCCAGGCAGUUGCUGGAAAAUAUUGACUAUCGUGCCAACAUUGUGGGAAUUGAAAAAGUACUGAUAUUUAAUCUAAGAAAAUACGAAAAUUUUGAAAUGAAGAAUCCAUGUAGAAUUCUACAAAUUGUACAUCACCACUGCAGUAGAAAGAGGAACAAAAGUGAACGAUACAUUCAGGGACAAAGAAUCGACCACUACCUUAAUAUUACAGAAGAGAAAAAAGGAAAACUCAUCAUGGUGCCAUUUUCUGGCUUAUAA